GCUACGUGCCUCUCUGCAUCACAUUUACAUGGAGUCGGACCAUGUGUAGGACCGUUCUCGUAUAUCCCUGUGUUUACUGCAUUGUGGCUACCAACUUGUAGCAUCGCCAAUAUGAUACAUUUCUUACGGCAUCUGCGGAACCGGAGAGAAGAAGUACUAUGGUAGUCAUGUUCCUUACCGGCUUGAGAAACGCAAUUCAAGCAUUCAGCCGCCGAAAGUUUAUCAAGGUCGGAGUACCGUUUAUGGUUCUUGUUGUCGGAGGUUCGUUUGCAUUGAAACAGUUUACUUCCUUGCGAUUUGAAGUCACCGGCAUCACAAAGGUGACACCCGAGGAAGCUGCUAAAUUCGGAGUGAAAAUGAAACCAAAAGGGGAAGUCACACUAGAGUCGGUUUAUGAGGACGUUCAAAAAAUGGACACUGAGAGCUGGGAGAAUAUUCGUGGACCCCGGCCGUGGGAAGAAAAUAAUGAAUACAACAAGAUCUUAGAAGAACGACAGAAGCAGGUAACAACCAAGCGGAACAGCUAGGAGAAUAGUCAUCAACUUGGUCAAGGUCUCCCCUGACACUACGUAUUUAGGGGAUCUUGCAUUACUUCAGUGUAACACAGUGUAUAAAAGUUGAAGCAGGAUAUGCAAUUGCACUCUCUGUAGGAAGUCAGCAUGCCUGCUAUGCCCUGUGCAAGUAGGUGGAGUUGUCUGUGCAGCACCCCAAUUUUCCUCUCUCCCAUAUUUUCCGUGGAGCGACCUGAUUGGUCCCUCUCAAAUAAGAGGGUAACAUUUCCAGGUUGAGGCACCUGUGGGAUCAUGCUGGGGUGUUAGUGCUGCCUUAUAGCUGCAUUGUGAGAUUGUGAGUGGAGAUACAAUUUGUUUGUCAUGUUUUCUGCAAACUUUGCCCUCUCCCUGGUGCAGAGAGAAACUGUUAUAGCAUAUUGAGCAUGCACAACUCUCUUCAUCUAGAGCAGUGGUUCCCGACUUAUGUUAUUCGAGGGAACCCAUGAUUGUGCCUGCAUGAUUUCAAGGAACCUACUACAGUCUGGAACGGUGUAGAAGUUGGUGAGGCGAACUAGAUGUCAUACAAGUAGCUAAUUUUUAUUCUGUCUGAUUAUUUAAUUGUGUGAUUUUAAUUUAUUUCAUCGAUUAUUGUUUCAUUGUAAGAUGUUGCUUACGGUUUCCCGGAUUCAUUCAGCUGUUUUACAAUACUUCCCUGCAGAUAACAUAGUACUUGUAAUGCUUUCAAACAAAAGAGAAAAGCAAAUGCGUGUUGCGGAGAAAUUGUCAGGGUGAGUUACGAGUUGAGCAGACCAAUAAAGACGACAGGUGCUAGCUCUACUCUUUGCAGUGACCUUCAGCCACAGCAACCUGGUCCUGUGAUCACAAUUAAAUGUUGAGCACAGAAAAGGUGUCCGAGAGUGAAGUUUGGUAGGCAAUCAAGUCACACUUGUAAGUGCUGCCAAAAUUCUGUUCCUGGAGAUUCAGGGCUAGGCUCACGGAACCACGGUUGAGAAACACUGAUCUAGAGAAUUGCAGUGGCUUUGUGUGGUGAGUCACGUGAUGAUGAACAGACAAAAUCUUUUGCUAGCCCAGACACGGACUCUUGAAACUACUACCCUAGUGCUGGGAGCCUUGCAGUUAGUAUGACAUGUGGAUGCGACUUCCGUGUUGACAUGCGUGAGCUACAGACGUGAGACUUUCUGUUAUUGUCAGUGGCUACAUGAAAUUGCGAGUGGAAAAUAUGCUUCAGUGGAUCCCAAGGUGUGCAGGUGGUCUGGGCCAUGUCCAACUAUUCCUGUGGUGCGAAUAGGCUGAAGAAAUGCUGGACAACAAUGUACUGCAGACUGUGCAUUUAUGGAAUGCUGCGUACAUAUUCACAGAUGUAUCAGGGGUAGUGUCCAGAAACGAAUUUUCGCAUUAAAGGGGUUGUGAAAACAUU